AUGUCUGCAGUUAGACCUGUAUUAGUCGUGGCUGGCGUACGAGCGGGAGGCACCGGUGCGGCGACAGCUGCCGCAUUUGCACGCAAGGGAUACAGCCUCGCCCUGAUUUCCAGAGGUGCCGAAGAUCUCAAAGCUUUAGAGGAGGAGUUGAAGGCGGCUGGCAACGAUGCAACAGCAUUUCCCGUCCCAUCCUACUCUGCCACAUCCAUCUCAUCCGUAUUCCAUUCCAUCCACGCCCGAUACCCUUCACCUCAGUACGCCAUCCGCGCCGCGCUCUACAACGCGAGCCAUAGCAUCCGGAAACCUUUCCUCGACAUCACUUUAGCUGAUUUUCACGCUGCGCAGGAGACAAUCGUGGAGGGUUCUUUUGCAUUCGCACAGGAAGUCAUACCGAUUUUCAAGAGAAAUGAAAUCGAUGUGGAUACUGGAAAGAGGGGAUUUAUCAUCUUUACCGGGUCGACGACGAGUAUAAGGGGGAAUACGACGACAAGUGCAGCUGCGCCAGCGAAGUGGGGGAUGAGAGCGUUGAGUCAGAGUUUGGCAAAGGAGUUUGGUCCAUAUAACAUCCACGUUGCUCAUGCUAUCAUAGAUGGAGUCAUCAACACACCUUUUUCUCGCUCCAGGUUCCAUGACCCACCCAAUUGGGUAGAGAAUGAGGAUAUCAGAUUGAAUGCUGAGGAUAUUGCCAAGGUCUGUGGUUCUUCCUGGUUCUUCCUGAUCUCCGCGUACGUUUACCUUGCGGAGCAGCCGCGCUCUGCUUGGACUUGGGAACUCGAUUUGCGGCCGGCGCACGAGAAGUGGUGA